GAUUGACGUUGAUGUUGGACCAAUCAGUCAACGAAAGACUCCUCGCGAGGGGAAGCAGCCAUUGUCCACCCACAACAAGCAAGAAAGAGGAAGAAGACAGUCGUGCUGCAAGACAACAGAGGAAAAUAUGAUUUGGUGAAAAAUCACGGCAGGCUUAGUGUUAUAGAUGUAACAGUCCGCCGCGAAUACUUUAUAUUUUGUGCACCUUAUCGCGGGGACCCAGCUCGGCAGCAAAUAAGUAGUAUUUGAUUUCUACUCCCCUGAUGUCUGCCGAGGCAUCUGGUUCAUCUUGUGGGAAUGUGGUGACUGUGCCCGGUUCUGCCGCAUCAUCCUCCAGCCACGUUGGGGAAGAAAAGGCCGGCAGGAGCCUGGCGGGGAGUAAGUAUGUGAAGCUCAAUGUGGGGGGAACUCUCCACUACACCACGGUCCAGACGCUCAGCAAGGAGGACAGUCUGCUCAGGAGUAUUUGUGACGGGAGCACAGAGGUCACCAUAGAUUCUGAGGGCUGGGUGGUGCUGGACAGAUGUGGGAGACACUUUUCCCUGGUGCUGAACUUCCUGCGGGACGGGACGGUUCCUUUGCCGGAGAGCACACGGGAGCUAGAGGAGGUAUUGAAGGAGGCGCAAUACUACAGGCUCCAGGGUCUUGUGCAGCACUGCCUCACCACAUUACAGAAACGGAGGGAAGUCUGCAGGGGAUGUCACAUUCCUAUGAUCACUUCAGCCAAAGAGGAACAGAGGAUGCUAGCCACCUGUAAGAAGCCAGUGGUGAAACUGCAGAAUAACAGAGGGAACAAUAAAUACUCCUAUACCAGCAACUCUGAUGAUAACCUUCUGAAGAACAUCGAGCUGUUCGAUAAGCUGGGGCUGCGCUUUAAUGGCAGAGUGCUGUUCAUUAAAGAUGUGUUGGGAGAUGAGAUAUGCUGCUGGUCUUUCUAUGGCGAGGGACGCAAGAUUGCCGAAGUCUGCUGCACCUCUAUUGUUUAUGCCACUGAGAAGAAACAGACCAAAGUUGAGUUCCCAGAAGCUCGUAUCUUCGAGGAGACACUCAACAUUUUGAUCUAUGAAAAUGGACGAGGCUCGGGUUUGGGAGGCAUGGCCCUGCUGGAGUCAGGGGGCGUCUCGUCGCCAGGUGUGGACCAGUCGGAGGAGGACGGGGCAGGUGUGGGAGGCGGGGAUAGGCGGGUGAGGCGUAUCCAUGUGCGGAGGCAUAUUAUGCAUGAUGAGAGGGGUCACGGACAGCAGACUGUCUACAAAGACUGAAUCAGAACGGUACAAAGACACUGUACUACCAAUAUGCAUGUGAACAAUGGAAAGAUUGGUUGAGGAAAGAAAGACAACUUUGGUAUGUUUAAUGCUGCACUGAAAUGGGAGGGGUGGGGGUAAUUAUGGGCUAGUUUAUAAACAAUACUGAAGUUGCCACAGUGUGGUACAGUUUUAAUUUUUCUGUUUUGUCUGUUUUGUUCAAUUUAAUUUAUUAUUGAGUUAAAUUAAUGUCC